UACUGAGCUUUUGUCUCUGAAUUCUUCUCUCUGCAUCAUUCAUUUUGACAAACUUCUUGUCAUGUCUUGGUCUGGUCUCUUUGACCUGGAUGGCUCUUUAUAUAGUUUGGUUUGACAGUUAGCAGGUUGUCUUCAAGUGCUGUUUUGCCUGAAGCGUCUUUAGCUGCUCUGUCUCCACAAAGACUGCUCUCCCAGCCAUGGAGCCUCUUGCUGAGAUUCCAUUAUUUGAGUUUGAUGAUGAUGAUGAAGAUGUAGAGGAGUCCAGUUUUUCUACAGAGACCAGUGGUAAAUGUCCAUAUGCCACGCAUGCACUUUCAUCAUGCGACACCGCAGGCCCAGACACCUUUAUUUAUAUGAACUUUAUGAAAAGCCACUGUUGCUACGAUGCCAUCCCCACCAGUUCCAAAUUGGUCAUUUUCGACACAACCCUGCAAGUAAAAAAGGCCUUCUUUGCUUUAGUGGCAAAUGGUGUUCGAGCAGCACCACUUUGGGACAACAAGCUUCAGUGUUUUGUAGGCAUGUUGACAAUCACUGACUUUAUCAACAUUCUUCAUCGCUACUACAAGUCUCCUCUGGUUCAGAUUUAUGAGCUGGAAGAACAUAAAAUAGAGACUUGGAGAGAGAUCUACCUCGAAUAUGCUUCUAAUAAGCUGAUCAGCAUCACUCCUGAGUGCAGUCUGUUUGAAGCAGUUUAUUCGCUGUUGAAAAAUAAGAUCCAUCGAUUGCCCAUCAUUGAUCCCGCAUCAGGAAAUGUCCUUCAUAUCCUCACUCACAAGCGAAUUCUCAAAUUUCUUUAUAUUUUUGGUGACUUGAUUCCUAAACCUAGAUUUUUGCAAAGACGCAUCAGUGAAGUGGGGAUUGGAACCUUUAGAGAGAUUGCUACUGUGCAGGAAUCCGCCUCUGUCUAUGAUGCACUAACCAUUUUUGUAGAAAGAAGAGUAUCAGCUUUACCAGUGGUCAAUGAUCAAGGCAAAGUGGUGGCUCUGUAUUCCAGGUUUGAUGUAAUUAACCUUGCUGCUCAAAAGAACUACAACAACUUAAACAUGACAAUGCGAGAAGCCCUUUCUUCCAGGACCUGUUGGGUGGAGGGUGUACUUAAAUGUUACCCCUAUGAAACUCUAGAGACCAUUAUGAACCGCAUUGCUAAGGCUGAGGUGCAUCGUUUGGUGUUGGUGGAUUGUGAAGAGGUGGUUAGGGGGAUAGUGUCUUUGUCUGACAUCCUACAAGCCCUCAUACUGUCUCCUGCAGACAUUGCUGUGAGGACUCCCUGUCUACUUUGAAGAUGACAAGCAGGAAAUUAGAAGUAUUUAAUAAGGGCAAAUAGUUGUCUAAUUAAACCAAACAAUGUUUAAUGGACUGUCAAAAUCAGUGCUAAGCCAACACUUUUCUACAUAGUUUGUGUACGAGCUAGUAUCUGUCAGUAUCUGAGAAUUUUUGUAGGAAAGUAUCACUGUGUAAUGACAUUUGAAUGUCCACUUUUUUGUCUUUCAUUUUGUAAUGUUUUAUAACUUUUGGUACAAAUUUUGUCUGUAGUUUAUAAAUCUGUCACAUGAAAACACACCUUAGUCCUGUAGGGAAUGUUUGGUGCUGAUAGUAUAAAUUCCCACAAUGAGGGGGUGAGAAGGUGGGGGUUAAGAUUUAUUUUUAUUUGCAUUAAGUGUCAAAAUGUGUUGUUGAACUCCACAGUUUACAUUUAAGCAAAAACUUUGCAUUAAUUAAUAUGUAAACUCAAUGCACUUAAC